AUGGAUUGGGUCAGUCAAUAUAGAAGCCCGCCAAAAAGGGGUGACAAGCCAUCAGGGAAAUCUAUUUCGUCGCCUCCUGGAUUUGAUGAGCAGUUUUAUAGACAAUGGAAAGAAGGAAAGGUCAAGCCGCAAGGGAAGAUAUCAAACAAGAACUCUGACCUUGAGGAACUAAAAUACGAAAGAGCAUGGGAUUUGGCAAAGUCGCCCGCUAAAAGUAUUCCUAUGAACUUGAUAAUGAUGUACAUGUCACCCAAUUCGCUUCAGCUGAUUCCUGUCGUCAUGGUCUUGAUGCUUUUCGUCAACUCCAUCAAGGAGAUUUUUCAAGUUAGAGAAAAGUUCCGCGAUUUAGAGUUAAAUGAUAAUCAGGGAAAGACGUUUUUACAGUUUCUAUAUGUGGCAUGUUGCUGUGGAAACAUGGCCAUUGGCGUUUGGAAGCUGAACAAAUUGGGUCUGAUUCCAAACCGGAGCAGCGACUGGCUUAGCUGGGAGCCAAUUGAAGUGUAA